AUGAAUAACACGACAAUGAACUUCACCACAACUGGAGCUUCAACAAACUCCUCAUCUGAGAACAUUGAUUUACUAAAAAUUCCCCAAGCAUGCAUAUACAUCAUCAACCUCCUGUUUUGUCUUCCCGCACACUCUUAUGUGUUUUAUCUCAUCGUCACAGGAGCGGGAAGCGGAAUUGCAGCAGAGUUUUUUACCCUCAAUCUCUCUGUUUGUGAAAUUGGUAUCUGUGUGAAAAGUUUGAUUUUUGUACUUUCACUGUGGCUACCGAGUCUAUCAGUCGUUGAUGUGUUUUUAGUUGGAUUUUCCAUGACCGCUCGUCCUCUGUUUCAGUGUCUGAUCUGUGUCGAGCGUUACCUGGCUGUGGUUCAUCCUGUAACCUUUCUGAAGUUUAAACCUCUUAGAUACAGACUGAUGUGCUGCAUUGUUGUCUGGAUCAGUACUCUUGGAUUCUGUUGCUUUUGCAUGCUUACUAUAUACCGACUUCCAAUUGUCUAUGUAUGGUGUUCAUCAGUGCUGCUCAUCCUCUUCCUCUUCAUUCAGUUGUUUUGUUGUUUGGCUGUUCUCAGAGCUCUGAAGCAGUCAGGACCUGGAGAGAGAGGAAAAGAGAGAGUGGAGGAAAACCACAUGAAGAAAAAAGCGUUUUAUCUCAUUCUCAUAACUACUGUAACUACACUUUUCACAUAUGGUCCAUUUACCAUCACCGGAUUAUUUUACCUUGUGACAAACGCAAAUUUCAUGGCACCUUGGGUUUUAUCUUUGAGUUGUUUUUUGGUGGCUGCUUUUGUUCAUCCUUUUCUGUAUCUGCACCGUACUGGAAAAAUCUCCUGCCUGUGUUGCCCCAGAAAUCAGCUAUUGUGA